ACGCGCAGGUGCGAGUAGCCAUCACCUGCGUUCCACCUUCACAAUGAAAUCAGAAGGGUGCGCUGUCAGAGCAACAAGAGGCUGAGCAGCCAGAGAUCAAUAUGACAACUAAUGUGAUAAUCCAGCAGCCACCAGCGGUGCAAGUUGGGAUGGUUCAGUCAAAUCAGUGGAGCACAGGAAUCUGUGACUGCUUCGAUGACCUGCCUAGCUGCUGCCUCGGGUACUGGUGCUUCCCCUGUUUCGCCUGCAAGACGACUUCGGAAUUCGGGGAAUGCGCCUGUCUCCCCCUGGUGGACGGCCUGUGUAUACUCGCGCAGUUUGUCGGUAUACCCUCCUGUGUGCCCCCCGUUUCCUUUGCCAUGAGGGCCGGGGUGCGCAACAGAUACGGAAUCCAGGGAGACAUGUGUUCAGACUGCAUCUACGCAACCUUCUGCAACGUCUGCUCCUGGUGCCAGAUUUCCCGGGAGAUCAAGCGACGCAAACAGACCCUCCUCUUCGUCAACGUCCAGCCCACGCCCGUUGCCGCCGUACCUGUAGUCAUGCCAUCCUAACCCACUGCCCUGCUCUCACCCCCUACACCCCCGCUGAUGGUCCAGAAUAUAAGAAUAUGUUAGGAUAAAAGGCAUGGCAUGCGACCCGUGAGCAUAGCAACUGCUGCAUCUGCCACUGAUUUCCAAGUAGUGAAUGCACUGUUAUAUUUGUUGUUAAAGUAAAAAAUUGUAUCUUUUGUCAAACACCUACACUGAACUGUGGAUUAGUAUAUGCUUCUGUAAAACCAUCAGAAAAUAAAAUAAAAUACUUUAUUUCCA